AUGAUUGGUAGUCUGCUGUACCUAACUGCUAGUAGACCAGACAUCAUGGUAAGUGUUGGUAUGUCUGCACGCUAUCAAGCGGAUCCAAAGGAAUCGCACUUGAAGGCAGUCAAACGUAUUAUAAAAUAUGUUAAAGGUUUUAGUGAUGCUGACUGGGCUGGUAACGCCGAUGAUAGAAAAAGCACGUCCGGAGGAUGUUUCUUUAUUUGGAAAAAUCUGGUUGCCUGGCUGAGUAAAAAGCAAAAUUCAAUAUCACUCAGCACUGCAGAAGCUAAGUACAUAGCUGCAGAUUCUCCAUUCUCACCUGAGGUCACUAAUCGUAUUCUUGCCACCAUCAAAGAGCACUCUUGUUGGCUUGACGAUCUCUCAGACAAGGAACAACGCCAACUGCUUGCACUUGCCCACCAUGUCUCCGCCGCUCCUUUUCCCAUUCCAACCGAGGUAACACCCGCACCUGCUGUACCGGAGCCGCUACCAGCGACUGUCCCUCUCUCUCCGACUGAUCCAGUGGUAUCCCCCUUGUCUCUCUCACCUCUUGAACAUACUUUAUCUACUUCUCGCAAAAUUGAUUUCAAUGUCUCUUUACCUGAGCAGUUUGUGUCUACUAGUUCCAUAAAUGUGCGCUCUUUACCAUUGCCUAAUGACCCCUAUGAUCCGGCCUCUCAUCCAUUGUCUGGCUAUCCCACUCCCUUAAUUUCUUUCUCUGAUUAUGUGAGCUCUCUAUCAUCAAAUUUCUCUAUUCGAAAUAUUGCUCAAAAUUUAUCUUCUCCUGCUAUGCCUAUGACAUGCUCUGCCUUCUCUAUACCCAUUCACAUUCCUGCCUCAGUGACCAAAUCUGAAAAUGCACCUCUGUCUGUGUCACCAACUAAAGAAUCUAUUCCUCUUAUUACUGUGCCUCUAUCUAAAUCUUCCCGAAAGGGAAAAGAAAAGUUGUCUGAUGCAGGUCACACCGAGAAGCGAAAGAUUUCAGCUGUAGUUGAUGUAGAUGGUCAGACUGACCGAAAACAUCAAAGAAGGGGGUCCACUCUUCCGCCCAGAAUCACUCGGUCCCGAGCCCAUGUUGACACACCUGUCGUUCCACUUCCAUCUGGUUCCAAAUCAAGAGGGUCCGGCAAGAUCUACAAACCUAAACUUCUAUCACCCAAUUUAUUUGCAGUGUGGCAGACUCAUGUUCACCGAGAUUUCAUCAUCGAAAAGACCAUCAAUGAAGGAGAUUUGGUUGCCAAGUGUAAUAUUAUUCCACUACUGCGUGAUCAAAGUUUGCUUGCUUCCCUCCGACAUGUUGGUCCCUACUCUACAUGGUUGACGGCGGAAUUCUACACUAAUUUGACAUUGGACACAUUCACUGAAGGCUCCGCAAGAUUUCAUCAAGUCUUCAUUCGCGGCACUUGGUAUCCCUUUGGGCCUACGGAGUUUAAUGCAUAUUUGGGCACCCCAAAUCAUCAUGCUUCUCCGGAUCCUAGCCCUCAAUUGUUGGCCGCUGCUCUCACUCAUAACAAGAACGUGUCUUGGCCGAGUGACGAACUUUCAAGCUUGAAACUCACUACAGUUUAUUCAGUGUUUCUUCGCCUUGCCUCUGCGAAUUGGGUCCCGGCUGUGCGUCGUCACCAAGUUUCUGAACAUCUUGCUGGCCUUCUAUACAAAAUCAGAAACUGUCUCCCAUUCAACCUCGGCAUGGUUAUUUUCUCUCACUUAAUGUCUUUUUUGCAGAAGAAGGAAACCAAAGUCCAUCUACCUUUUCCGUGUUUAAUCUACGGGGUACUUCAAGAUCACGGUUUUAAACCCUAUAAGGAAGAAGUCAUUACAACUCCUGACAAUGCCUACAUAUUUGAUGAUCGCCUUGCUCAACGGGGCCAUUAUGAUGACCAAGCUUCUCUUGCUCAGCUUCCUGAUAUUCCACAUCCGGCUCCACUGGUUUCAGCACCAGCUUCAUCUGCUGACACGGCUUCUGCCUCUCGUCCAGGAGUUAGACAGGUUCCCAAAGAACCCACAACAUUGGUUGAUCGUAGGCAGAUUGUGCUCACUCUUGAGGCAUCUAUUGCACAGGUUCAACAAUCGGUUGCUUCUCAGCAAGCCACCAUCUCUGGCCUGGAAAAUCUUCGUGAUGCGCAACUCAAAGAAAUCGCCCGCAUGGAAGCUAUUCACGCUCAGAUUCUAGCUCACACUGGUGUUGCUCCCUCGGAUUCUGACUCUGAAGAUGAAGAAAAUGAUUCAGACUCGGGCACCCCGUCUGCACGGUAA